CCCUAAAAUAACUACAAAUAACAAAGAGGUUAAAACAAUUACUGCUAGUAAAAGUACUAAAAAAACUGCUAUUACUGAAAGCUCCAAAAUAGUCAUUGUUAAUGAAAAUUCUAAAACAACAACUACUAAUAAAAAAUGUAAAAGAUGCAAGUCAGAAUCAUAA